AACUCAUUAGCUUAGAAGACUAGCAGGUUCUAUGGAGGGUCUGCAAAAGACCCCACUAACGCAUUAGAGAAUUGAGAGUAGUCAUGAGUUGCUGUGCAUCUAAAGAACUUGAUAGGCAUGACAUGAGGUUCUUGAUCUAGCAUCACGCUCAAGAAGGUAUAUAUUAAAGUGGAUCAAAGAGAUGACUGCUCAGGUGAUUCAAUGAUGCAUAAAGAUGGCCCAACCAAUCAAUUAUUCUGGCUUGAAUGUUCUCUUAUAUGAAGUCCAACCCCUCCUCAUGAAGUUAUCAUCAUUGUGUGCAAGAGCGAGGGAGGGCUUCCAGCAGUGCAGCAACCUCAAAGCUAGUCUAAACUAGUGGAAGGUUGUCUGUAGAGAUGGUGCGUGGCAAGGUGCAGAUGAGGAGGAUCGAGAAUCCCGUCCACCGGCAAGUCACCUUCUGCAAACGCCGGGCAGGGCUGAUGAAAAAGGCGAAGGAGCUGUCUGUGCUGUGUGAUGCCGAAAUCGGAAUCAUAAUCUUCUCCACACAUGGCAAGCUGUAUGAGCUAGCUACUAAGGGGACUAUGGAAGGCUUGAUAGAAAGGUACAGGAAGGCAAGUGGAGAAGUUCAAACAGAAGGUGGUGAAGUGAACCAACCACAGGAAUCUGAACAGGAGAUAUCGAUGCUAAAGAAAGAGAUCUAUCUACUGCAUAAGUGUUUAAGGUACAUGUUUGGAGAUGGAGGCGCUGAAAAUAUGAACCUGGAGGAGCUGCAUGCCUUGGAAAGGCAUCUCGAGAUAUGGACCUAUCAAAUACGUGCUACAAAGAUGCAGAUCAUGUUCCAAGAAAUCCAGUCCCUUAAAAAUAAGGAGGGCAUAUUGACAGCUGCCAAUGAAUAUCUCCAAAAGAAGAUAGAAGAGCAAAAUGGGAAUUUAGAUGUAGCCCCAACGAUAGAACACCAAAACGGGCAUUUUGAUGCAGGCCCAGAGAUAGCUGACAUGCCGUACCCACUAACUAUACCGGACGAGCGUUUCCCAUUUUAGGAGCUCAGAGAUGGGCUUUUCCUACUGAUGACAAUAAGCCUGCAGGGGCCACAGACUUUAUCAAGGUGUGAAUAACUACUGUUUGUAUGGAGUGGUAAUGAUCCCUCAAGCAAUCAUUUUAAUACCUGUCAGUAUUAUUCUGAAUGUUUGAAAGACUUGGUCUAUCAUUGUCGGUUGGAGAGUUAUUGUGGUUUGUCGUGUCCUAGUAACUCUCAGAUGGUUUGAUGUCUUUCUGUUGGUCUCUGCUUUCCAAUCUACUGCUUUGGUUUGGUGUUAAGAAAUGGUUGAACUUGUUUUCUAUAAGCAUUUAGUUCUUGCAUAUGAUAUGUGAUUUAGCAUUCUAAUA